AUGGGAGGUAAGAAAGCGCCCAACAACAACAACAACAACAACAACAACAACAACAGCGUGGUAUUCGUUGAACUGAAACCGUCGGAAAUCUAUUUCACGUUUUCUAAAAUCUCCGACACGUUCAGUGGAUGCUCGAAAACGUUGAUGGAGACUUUGUUACAGUUGGAAAAGAGAGAUAUUAGUUCGAGAGAUAUUCCUGCGGUUGCGGUCGUGGAGAUUGAUAAACCUACGGCUGGUGAUGAAAGGGAGGAAGACGACGAAGAAAGCGACGACGAGGAAGAAGACCGACGAAAAAGUAGUGCUCGCAAGAAGAAGAAGAAGAACAAGAUGAAAACAGAAAAGAUAUUCGUCAGCAUGAACAACCGGAGGCUGUGGGUCUUCAAAGAAGCCGAGAAGAGAGGAAUACUGCAAACGAUACGCGUUCGAUUACAACCGAAAGAGGUUGGAGAACGCUUAGCGAGGAAAGGUUCGAGAAAUUUCCGAUUAGAUAGAAUAAGUUUAGACGCUAGAAUCGUCGCUGAAAAGGCGACAGCGGUUGUUGUUGAUAAAGAAGAAGAAGAAGAAGAACCGCCUCGCGUGGAGUAG